AUGGCUUUGGAUGAAGAUAUCGUUGAGGACUUGGUUCUCAGCUCUGAUGAAGAUGCUCCGUUGAGUGACAGUCCCGAUGAAGAUGACGAUGAUGAUGAGGCUGAAGAUGACCAGCAGGAACGGAGCAGCAGCAAGAAACGGAAACAUGGUGAAGGGAAGCAAAACGGUGGAAAUAGAAAGUCGAAGAAGAAGAGGAAGACACACGGUAGCAUUGGAAUUUGUCGAGGAAGAGGGGGUUCUAUUUUUGUUGCAAUGCAGCGCAACGUCGGCGGUGUCGAAGACCUCUUAGUGGCUGGCGGUGAUGGAUGCGAGGGAUAUGAAGUUGCAGGAGGUGGAAGAGGAGCAAGAGAAGGCGAGGGCGCGGGCAUGGAGACCUGCCGGUGCUGCGAGUGGUGGUGGAUCUCGGAAGAGGGCAUCGCCGAGUUUGAUUUUGGGUGA